AAGGCGCGUAAACUACCAAGGUUGCGUGCUUCUAAAUGAAUACAAGAAGAGAGCUCCUUUGGCCGCCUGUGAAUUUUGGUCAGAGUCGGGGCAUUUUGUUUGAAAAGUGGCAAAAUCGCGCCCCCCCCCAAAAAGCGAUCGCCGCCGUUUGCUGCAUGCGCCGGGUGUUGCCAUGAAAGGUCGUCAACCCACAUGAGAAGCUCUGUAGCCUAGCAAAAAAAAUCAAAGAGAGACGAUCGAGGCGAGCAGGCUUUUUAUUAUUUGUCUUGUUCCUUUUUGUGUUGUUUUCGAACUACAUUCUCUUGUCUGUAUACGCCGCCAGCAUCUUCGAAAAAGGCUCCAGGAAACACCAGAGGAAGCUCCCCCUUACCUACUCGGAGAACUCGGAAGAAAUCAGACCAUCAAAACCCGACCCGUCAUGUCAAACCCGCCAACGCCACUUAAAGUCUCCCCUGCGGCGACGAGCUAUACCGCCGCAACCAUGGACUCGGAUCUGAGAUCCCAGAUUAACACCCUCCUAAUAAACGACGAGCUCUCCGUCAAGAUCCAAGAAGCUCUCCUCCACUCUCUAAACGCACACCCAGCCAACUGGCCCACCCAGAUCCAACAACACGCCCUCUCGCUCCUCCGCACCGGCGACAUCACCACAUUCCCAGCCCUCCUCGACAAGGUGUUGGAGGACGUCAGGCAGAGCACUGCGGCGGCGGCGGCGGCGAACUCGUCGUCGGGUACAAACGGCGAGGCCAACGGCAAAAAGACAAACGGGGACGCCGGGGCCGAGUCAACAUCGAACUUGGCAGUGCCGCAGGCCGUAGUGGACGAGGCGCUCAAGGUUACCAUGGACUGCCUCGUAGAUUUGGUCGAGUUCUCAGAGGAGAAUGGCACUACUUGAAUGUUUUCUAGUCCCAUCCCCCAGAAAAGAACAGAUAGAGGGGGGAGAGGGGGGAGUAUGUGGCCUUUGCCAGUUGCCUCGUUCGACGUUGAACGCGGAGUUGGGAAAAAAAGGAAUAUGGAAACAAUAAUAAUGUUUCAUUGCUAGACAUGAACAGAUAAACAAAAAGAGACAUGGCAACAUGACGACAAUAUGUGUAUGGAGGAUGAUAAUACAUCACUCAGCAUGUAGUACAUUGUGCCAGGACGGUAAAGUCGUCUUGGAGGAGGGGUUGCCCACGUUUCUUGACUACCAUAGAAUGCGACACGAGUGGCAGACACCCUUAGAUAUUAAAUAGCAUUGAACAUGACACAAAUGACAUAUUGACAG